AUGUUUGACAUUUUUUAUAUCAAUUCAAUUCCUCCGACCGUGGAAAAUUUUCUUUCAAGGGGCCAUGAAGAAAAGAAUAAUAAUAAUCUGUUAUCAGAAGUGAACCAGAGUACUUCCACUCCUACUUCGAGUACUUCGUUUGGAGAAAAUAAAAAUGUUGUCACAAUUCCAUCUACGAAUCCUGUAAAAACGAAUGCAACAAAAGAUUCUCAACCGAUAAAGCCAAAAAACAGUAGCCAACAAUGUGCAUCACCAAAUCAACGUUCUCUGUCCAAAAGCAAUAUUAAAUCAGGAAAACCUGUAAUAAAUAAAGAUACAAAAAUCUCUCAGCCGACAAAUUCAAAACCGAGCAAGAAAUCUGCAAUAGAUCAUCAGCCGAUCCACCGAGAAAUAAACACAGAGACGUCUUCCUUUUUGAAUGCAUUUGAAAGUAGUGGACAGCCUUCUUUGGAAAAUCAAAGCAAGUUGCUUUGGGAGCAAAAUGAAAAAAUUUUGGCUCAAAAUGCGGAACUCAUGGAAGCAUUGAGGAAUAGCGUUGAACAAAAUACUUCAUUGAAAAACAAUCUCUAUCAGCCGCUACAAGGGUUUCCCUUCAAAACUAUUGAAGAAUUCUAUGAUUUUUCUUCAGCAAAUAAUGAAGAUAAAAUUCUGCACAUGCACAAUCAUCUUAUACAAAUAGGCGGAUCCAAAUUGAGGGAGUUUUUAAACUACAGUUUAAAACAAUUAAUGACAGAUAAUUUGGUGACUCAAUUUUCGUGGCCAGGAAGCUCCAACACCGAAAAGUUUGGAGAUACAAAGAUUUCCAAUCUUUUAUACGAAUCUGCAAAAAAUGUCAUUGCUUCGUGGGACCCUCCAAUAAAACUGAAUUCAAAAUAGAAAUGUUGGAAGUGCUCAGGAUUACCAAACAGCGGUACAGAAACACACUGAAGAAGAAUCAAACACCACUUGACAGUGAUGAAAAUUUGUUGGAGGAAAUUCUUUAUAAGAAUUAAA